UUUGUACUUUUCUAUGUAAAUACUUGUAUCACUCAAAUAAUUAAAUUCAGACUUUUGCCGAGCAGUACCAUAACUUAAGAAUGUGCUUCAGUUGUGUGUUGUGUUGGAUUAAAUUGGCGCUGAUUUCAAAAAUAUAGAGCAAGUGAUUACGCGAAAAGAUAAUGAUAAGAUAACACACCCAUUUCAUACAGAUAACAAAGUGACUAGGUACGAGUAUUUUUUAACAUGAAGUGAUUGUUUUUGUGGUGAAAGUCAUGGAGGAGCAAAUUCGGACCCCUAAUCGCGUGGAGCGAGGAGAGAGCAGAGUAGAAGAUCUUCAUUUGGACAGAGUUGUGGCAUCACAGCCGGAGAUUGGGCCUACGCCACCAGACGGAGGCUACGGAUGGCUGAUUGUUGUGUCAGCAGUGAUAUACCACAUCACUGUACCCGCGUUGUCGUCGAUGUAUGGACUGAUAGUGUUGAAGGCAAUUCGUGAGGAAGAUCAUGAGUCGGAUGAGUUGAUGCAGAUAUGGGACGUGGAUAUAACGUUGGUGCCUGUAAUAGCCGUGGUGAUAAGGCUCUUGCUGGAAUCAUGGUGCAGGGCGGUUGUGAAACUGUGCCACAUGCCGCGGUUCAUGGCCCUCUCGGGACUGUGCCUGACAGUGUCCGGAGUCUUGCUGUCCAGCUACGCGACAGAGGCCAACAGUAACGACCACAUCAUAAACAUAUUUGCGGGGAUAUUUAUAGGUCUAGGAUGCGCCCUAACAGGCCAGCAAACCGAAGUGAUCAUAACGCACUACUUCAGAGAAAAGCUGACGAUGGCCCAAAGAAUCGUGCGCAUGGCACCCUCGGUGGGGAACUGCCUCGUGCCCAUCAUUGUAGGCUACCUCUGCACCCAGUACACCGGGGACGUGGUCGUCAUGAUCUACGGAGCUAUAGUCAUGCAGAACUGCAUCUUCUUAGCUUCAUACACACGACCCAUUUACAUAGAAAAGGUCAUACGACACACCUACAAUAUGCUCAGAGAUGCUAUGGAAGAUGAAGAUGAAGUUAUAUACUCCAACGUAGCUCGACGCGUUGAACGACAAUCACAGAGUAACCUGCAAGAGGAACCGUUGCCAAGCACAGCACAAGACGAAGACGCCAAUGAUGUUGUCGUAUUUAACUCCAAGAAGAAUGCCAAAGAGAUUAUGGACCCCUCCAUUCAAUAUAGAGAGAACAGAUCAAUAUCCACCACAGAGAACAGGUUUUCUUCAGACUUCAGCUCGUACGACGUUCCAAAUCGGUUUUCAUCAGACUUCGGUAGUCUGGACAUUACUAGUUAUGCUCGCGUGAAUGGGUACCAAGAGUUGGAGAAUAUUGACAGGCAGAACCCUCAGCCCUUGUAUAGGGAGACAACAGUUAAUGCUCCUGCGAACAGCGUGGUGUUUGCAGCUGAAGUGUCCCCUGGCACAGCUAGAAGAACAGCUUCUAUGAAGAAGAACUUCAUCACGAUCACGAACAUGUUACGGGAUAUCAAUUUCUAUUUGUACGCAUUGCUGCACCUGUGUACGACCUUUUCGAUUCUGGUGCUGGGUGUGGCGUUUCCACCUUUGAUCUGGGAACAGAAUCCAUCUAUGAAUAUUUGGUCGGUGGCAACGCUCAUAGCAGUGGCUCAUGGCUCAGCAUUAUGCUUCAUAAUGCUGUGUGUUGUGCUGCCCAAGUCUAUCAACGAGAAGGCGCGGCUGUGCGCUGCGUUCUGCGUCGCGGGCGCUAUGGGCUUUUAUGGUAUCACCCUCUUCAGCAACAAAAGCCUGCUUGUAGUAUGGUGCAUGCUAGCCAGCUUCGCGACAGCAGCAUCCAGCAUACUCCAACAGCCACUAUACAACAGCACGCUCAACGAGUUUGACACAACGGCCACGAUGACAGCGUCAAAUACCAUCGUCGCCAUCUUUAUAAUGGCGUGGUCUUUGGCAUUUAAUUAUGAAUACAGGACUUGUUUCUUGACUGCUAGUGUGCUUCAGACUGUGACUGCUUGCAUGUUCUUUGCCUUGUCUUUUAGGAGGAGGCGGUAAUUAGUUUCUGUUGGUUUCAUGGCCUGUCUAUAUGUUUAUAAGUCUGUUUUCCAAUUGUUAUACCCUACCUACCAUACCUUCCACUAAAUUAUGAAUUUAUAUAUUAGUAUGUUUAAGUAUUAGUGUUAUGGGGUAGGUACCUAAAUUAUGCAAUACAAAUAAUUAUCUUCUCUAUUUACCGAGCAAAAAAGCAGACAAUUUUAAGCAGUAAUUGUGUAGGCAUAUCACAUUUUUCUUUCUACAUAGAUUUUAAGGAUUUAUUCGACACGGGAACUUGACGUUUCUAACGGAAUUAAAAAAAAACCGGCCAAGUGCGAGUCGGACUCGUGCACGAAGGGUUCCGUAAAUUACAGUUAAAUCAACCUAUCUCAAAAACUAUAAGAGAUACUUUGAUCAAACCAAAAAUCGUUGAAAGAGUUAAUUAGCAUGCAUCACCUCUAUUUUUUUUUGAAUUUUAUACCCCGUAGUUAUAAAAAUAGAGGGGGGGGGACAUACUUUUUACGACUUUGAGAGCUGAUAUCUCAAAAACCGUUCACUUUAAGAAAAAUGUUUUUUAGAAAACUUUAUAUCAUUUUAAAAGACCUUUCCAUUGAUACCCCACACGGGUAUGUACAUCGAAAAAAAAAAUUUCAUCCCUCAGUUACAUGUAUGGGGGGCCCCACCCCCAAUUCUUUUUUUUACUAUUUAGUGUCAUAUUUUUGUAGCGGUUCAUACAACACAUAUUCCCAUCAAAUUUCAUCACUGUAGUACUUAUAGUUUCCGAGUAAAUCGGCUGUGACAGACGGACAGACGGACAGACGGACAGACGGACAGACGGACAUGACGAAACUAUAAGGGUUCCGUUUUUGCCAUUUUGGCUACGGAACCCUAAAAAGUUACUCCGUCUUGUCAAAAUAUACCUAAGUAUAAAUUAUGGUUGUGUUUUUUUCUUUUAAUAACAGUAACAAUAUGUGUACAAGUUAAAUUAAGAUUUCUUAUUAUUUUAUAAGUACAUAAUAGAUUUUAAUUUUUCUAUAAUUAUACAAAUACACAUUAUUUACAUUAAGAUAGGAUUACAUAAGAUGUUUGUAAGUUAACAUAAAAAUAAAUGUACCUUGUUGUUUAAUUUUAUGUAAAUAAUUUCUUGCCGUAAAUAACAUAAAAAAGUCGUAAUUAAAACAAUAAAAAUUAAGUAAGUUGUUUAUUUUUAAGAGAUCACAUCUGUUGCAGUCUGUAAAUAAAAUAUGUAUCACAUCUAUGGUAGAAAACGCACUGGGCAGCGAAAGUCACUGCCGAUUUCUUUAACCUAUCUAUCUUUUGUUUGGAUUAGAGAAUGAAUUUGGCAUAAGUAAAGGCCGCUGGAUACGUGACAAGAUAAUACCUCGAACGGGGUGUCAACGGGUCCAUGAGUACCACAGUACCUGCCAGUCUAUUUAUAUGACACGAUAAACCGUCCGUCAAAAAACCCGUCACGUAUGCAGAAACCUUUAUACGGAGCUAAUGUCAAAAUCCAAUCUCUAAUCGCAAAAAAAAAUGGAUGGAUAGGUUAAAGAAAUCCACCGUAACAUUAACUUACAUCUGUCUAGUGCGUCACCUACUCUCUACUACAGAAUAUCGUGUGACAAAGAACUGGAGAAAAUUUUCAUAAGAAAGAUUAUAAUAUGGAAUACGUAUAGAAGUAAUUUACACGGCCCUUGCUAUAUACAAAAAUGAGUAAUAUCAAUUUUGGACCUUAUUUCAUAAGAAAUAGAGUUCCUAAUUCGAGGACUAAAGUCAGAAGAUGGUUUAAUCUAUGGGCAGGUGAAGCACAGCCAAUUUCUAAAUUAAACAUCCCCGCUACUAAAUCCAGUACCUAUCAAACACCAUUUAUUCUAAUUAAUAUCGAAAACGAAUAAGUACAGAUUUAGAAACUUGGUUACUCUAACUAAAUCAAAUGGCUAUGCUAUAAUCCUGUAUGUUUACAAUGUCACAAAAUAAUUUCAAAAUAUAAAUAUUGCAUAAGUUGCCUUAGUGUAAGCGAAAUAAAAUUUACAAUGUUUUUACAAAAGUUAUUUUGAGUCGCCUCUCUUAGAUUUUAUUAAACCUUUAAUAAUGUACGAAUUAUCUAACUAAAGUAUUAGUAUUAUGGAGGCGACAAGGCUAUUAUCACAAGAAAUUGUAAAAGAAUAAAAUAAUAAGCUCAAAUAAAGCAGGUUUUAAGACCAAAAUAAAGUUCAAAGUUGCUUACGUAAAAGAUUUGGUACUUCUACAGCGCCAAAGGACCAUAUUCAUAAGAUUUUUUAAACCAAGUUGACAGUAAUAAAUUCAGCAAAUAAAUAUGAUAUGUACGUAAAAAGUAAAUAAUUUUAAAGACUAUUCUAUUUUUAUUGUAAUUCAUAAUUCGAAUAAAUAAUAAUUUUAAUACUAAAAAUGUCAUUUUUUCAUAAAAUACCCUCACUGUUGUUGCACCUAAAUUAUAACAUUAGUUGAAUGCAUCAAUAAUUAAUAGGAAUGCAUUGAGAUAAGUGAUUGACUGCAAUCGACUUGUUUGUAGGAAUUAAUUUUAAGCUAUUGUGAUUAAAAUGCAUGUUAUCAAACUAAAAA